CUCACAAAAAAAAGAUCUGCCCAAUUAUUCAUAUCUAGCCCCUUCAAAACUUUGGCUCACUUCGCCACUGAUUUGUUUCAUCACACUUCUAUGCAAAUACUUACGCCUAUAGAAUAGAAUACAUUAUAUCCUACAUAGAGUAAAUCAUGUAUAGUACUAUUGGUUCAAGUAGCAUCAUGUGACCGAAUAUCAACUCUGACGUCAUACCUCGAUAUAUUUUUGGAUACUAGUAUAUCGAGGUCUGACAUCAUUAUUUCACAAAACUGGAUCUAGCUAAACUCUCAGGCACACCGGCCAGCGCGCUCUCUCUCCCGGGCAAGUCCAGCGAUGUGUCGGCACAGGCACUGAUCUGCGUUCUGCUGAGCACGAUGGCUCAGAGAAAAGUAGAUUCCCAUUCAGCCGUUGGACUGAACUGGUACUGUAACACAGUAUGGAUGGUCAAUAUGAAGCAAGCUUCAUCGAAUUCCUCCAAGAGCUCUGUACUCUGUUCUGAUCAUUUUGAAGAUGCUUGCUUUGACAGGACUGGGCAAACGAUUCGUCUAAGACAGGAUGCUGUCCCAACCACAUUUAAUUUGCCGCCUCGUCAUCAGAAGAUGGAGACCAGCAGCAUGGCAGCAGGAGCUAAUGUUGGUCGUGAUGAGGCAUAUACCACCAUCAACAAUGCUGCAAUUGCAGUCACCACCACCAAGUCUGCUUCUGUCACUGCCAUCACCAUUGCCACCGCCAUUACCAAGACCACUCCUGACACAAAGCCCCCAAGUCCUCAACUGACCAGAUAUUGCAGCUGGAGAAGGAUAUACCAGGAACUUCAAAGCCAGGGCUUGCCAGUCUCCUACAAUAAGAAAAAUGCCAUGGGCCCAUCUAAUGAACUAGUAGUAGAAUAUUUGGCCACAGUUGUAGAAAUGCAGAGACUAACAUACUGCCACAGGUGAGGUUUUGUCCACAGUUCCAGAAGGACACAAAAUAGUAUCAGAAAGUCAUGCCAGAAUCAACAACUGAAGGGUUUGAAGAGCCAGAUAAAGAGCCUAGAAAUGUGAUUUAAACGUACUUCAAUCACAUGCACAGUAGGAGCAAAAACAGCAGCAAACACACAGGAGAUGUAACACUACAUUGACCAACAGCAACAACUACAGCAGCAUCAACAAUUUCUGCAGGAGAUGCAAAAACCACACUGGCAACCUCAACAACAUCAAGGUGUCCAACAAACACUCCGGGAACGUUAACAGCAACCACAGCUUCAGCUGGAGUUUCAACAAA